GUGUCCCUUCUCUCUAGCCAACGGUCGUCUAACCCUACUCCGCCGCCCGAGCAUCUCUUUUCUCUUUCAUUUUUGGCUCAAUGUUGCUUCUGUUAGACUCGGUCUUCCCUGCUUCAGCUCAGCCACCGAAUUGGGAGAUUUCUUGAGAUUUUAUUUUCUGUUGGAGUUCGUAAUAUAGAGGAUUAUGGGCCGUGAGAUGGCAACUGAAUCUUGGUUUGGCAGUUUACGGUGGACUUCAAAGAAGGGUGCAACAGAGAUUACUGACAAGGGAGUGGUUGGAAUCUUGGCAGUUGAAGUUGCCGGUUUGAUGUCUAAAGUUGUGAAUUUGUGGCAUUGUUUGGAAGAUAAGGAGAUUACAAGGUUGAGGGAAGAGAUUGUUAACUCAAUUGCACUUCAAAAACUUGUGUCUGGAGAUCAUGUUUAUCUAAUGGAUCUUGUAUUGAAUGAAAUAAUGGAGAAUUUUGGACAACUGGCAAGGUAUGUUGCUAGGCUUGGGAAGAGGUGCACGGACCCUAAAUAUCACCGCUUUGAACAUUUCUUAGAUGACCCACAUCUGAAUAAUUUUGAAUGGAUUGGGUUGCAAUAUAGAUGGAAGAAGAUGGAGAGGAAAGUGAAGAAAAUGCGGAGAUUUAUUUCACAUACCAUGCAGUUGACUCAAGAGCUCGAAGUUUUGGCUGAACUUGAGCAAACUCUUAGAAGAAUGCAGAGGAAUUCUGAGUCAGAGCAGGUGAAGUUAUUUGAGUUUCAGCAGAAAGUAUUAUGGCAGCGCCAGGAGGUGAGGAAUCUAAGAGAGAUGUCCCCUUGGGUUAGAACCUAUGAUUACGUUGUCCGGCUUCUUGUUAGAUCACUUUUGACAAUACUUGCAAGGAUCAAACAUAUAUUUGGGACUGAUCAAAUGGCAUCUGAAGACGGCAACAAUUAUUGUGAAUCAAUUACUUCUGACAGUCUUUCUCGCAGUCUGUCCUUUUCUGCUGUUAUGCCAUCCUCUGUAUAUCCUUCUGAUAAUAGUCUUUGUGGUUUCUCUUCAGGACCUCUUGGCAGGUCAUGUUCAAAGUCCUUGCUUGCCACUGACAAUAAUAGAACAAACAAAAAACAUCAACAAGCUCAUUUUCAACAAGCUGUUCUAAAUGGCAAGCAUCCACGGUCAAAAUCCAAAGGGUUGGGUCAUGUUGGUCCUUUCAAGGGAUGCAUAUCAGCUGGAGGUGAUUCUCCUGUUUUACACAGCUGCAGACCAAUUGGAUCUGGAUCUAUGAGGUUUACUUUAGUUAAUACCAAAAAAAUUGACAGGAUGGAAAGCAAAAAUGCGGAGUCUUUUACCUGCAACCACAAAAUAUAUUCGAAAUUAUCCAUCUUCAAUUCCAAGCAGUUGUCAAAACCACCUCCCUCAACUCUUGGUGGUGCAGCUGUAGACAUCCGCUAUGCUAAAGUGAUUAUCUUGAUUGAAAAACUAGUUUUGUCACCUCACUUGAUUGACCUUGACACAAGAGAUGACCUUUACAAUAUGUUAUCUACUAGCUUAAGGAAUAAUCUGCAGGCUAAAUUGAAGUCAUUUGGGAAGACUCUUGCUUCAUACAUCUAUGAUCCAUCCCUUGCUGCAGAGUGGAAUCAAGCACUGGAGCGGAUCUUGGAAUGGCUGGCUCCACUUGCUCACAACAUGAUAAGGUGGCAAUCUGAGCGUAACUUCGAGGAGCAGCAUGUAGUUUCCAGGUCAAACACACUUCUAGUACAAACACUUCACUAUGCAGAUCAAGAAAAAACUGAAGCUGUCAUUACAGAGCUUCUUGUGGGCCUCAACUAUGUUUGUAGGGUUGGAAGAGUACAUAAUAAAUCUUUGUCAGACUCUUCUAGGAGAAGGGCUGAUGAUGGAUAUUUGCUUGGGAGGGACAGUAUGCAAUAAUAUCAAUCAACUUGAUGAAACUCUGCUCAUUGAAAUAGGUUCAUGCCCUUCCCCUAAAGAAGCAUUGCCGGUUGUUCAAAACAAAGUAUUAUUCUUUCGAUUGCCUGAGGUACUGCUUAAACCUACUAUCAACCAGUCUUCUUAUUUGUAACAAGCCUUUGUCAAUAUAGCUGUUCUGUUAUAUGAUAAUUAAUAGAUUCUUUUAUUUGUUUAUAGUUGAUGAGUGUUGGUUGCCGCUACUUGUAAAAUAUAUUAUUCAUAGGAGUGUGUAGCUCUAUUUUAACAUGGAAGGUAUCUUUGCAUCUCUCACAUGACAGUAAUUUCAUCUAAAAAAUGUUAAAUAAGAUG